AUGGCUUCUAAUUCAUUCAAUCCAGUUGCUCCACUAGUGUUUAAUGGUGAGCAUUAUCAUAUUUGGGCUGUAAAAAGGACCAUGUUUCUACAAGCCGUAGAUCUUUGGGAAGCUGUAGAAGAAGACUAUGAAGUAGAGCCUUUGUCGGAUAAUCCUACAAUGCAGCAGAUUAAAGCUCACAAGGAGAGGGUUACAAAGAAGUACAAGGCUAAAACGUGUCUUCAUUCAGUGAUUUCACAGGGCUUGUUCACGAAGAUAAUGAAUUUUCAGUUAGCUUAUCAGAUUUGGCAAUAUCUUAGGGUAGAGUUUCAGGGUAAUGAAAGAACAAGGAGCAUGAAUGUGUUGAACCUGCGAAAAGAGUUUGAACUCCAAAGAAUGAAGGAGUCCAAAACUGUCAAGGAGUAUGCAGACAGACUUCAUGGGAUUGUCAACCAGAUUCGGCUUCUUGGAGAAGAGUUUUCAGAUAGGAGAAUUAUAGAGAAACUCCUAGUUACUUUGCCUGAUAAAUUUGAGGUUAAGAUAUCAACCUUGGAAUAG